AAAUAAACGUCAAAAAUGGGGUCGUUUAAUGGUUGUCACAUCCAUCGAUAGAGCCUUUACAUAACCGUGCGAAGCGCAAUCAGUGUACGGACCCUAAAUUAUGUGACAUUAUUUGAAAUUGUGUCAACAUGAAGGAGCGUGGCGUGCAACGCAGCCGUGGUGGGCGGCUGCGGCGCGGUGGCGCGGCGGCGGCGGGAGCAGUCGGAGCUCGCUUGCCCGACCGCCCUUCGGUCCGGUAAAUACAGCCUCCUCGCCUCUCGGGUAUGGAUUAUUCGCAGCGAGCAGCGAGCGGAGCCAGUCCGAGCCUCGCGCCUCCCGCGGCCGCUCGUGCCCGGGAUCCAGCCUGCACUCGCGUUCUCGACGUAGCCUUAUAACCACGCGUAGCACGUCGUAGCUCGCUGGUUCGUAGCGCGCGCCUAAUGUAACCUUCCACCCGUAGCACCGGGCUCGGCUACAUCGCCGCGACUAAAGCAUGCCGUUGUUAAUACGGCCACUAUUGUGUUCAAAUGACGAGACUAAUGUCACAUUAAAACAUCAUGGGCAGCACCUGUGGAACAAUUAAUAUUUGUGAAACUUUCAUGUGAUUUCUGCGUUCAUUUUUCAUUUACGUUGGCAUAUUGCACAAUCAUCAUAAAAUUGGAAGAAAUGAUCCAAGUCGAAAGCUUCAAGCGUCCAUCGCCGUCACCGUCAAGGAGUUCCGUGCGAAGUGACAGCAGAGUAUUCCGGCAGCCGCGAGUGAUCACAGUGAACCGCGAUGCUGCCACUAUGGUAGACGGGGAAGCCAGCGGACAGGCCACAGCGGGUGCAGCUCCCACGGACUGGGAAACACGCCUUACACAAAACGCCGCCCACUUCCGAUCUCGUACGUUUAGCGACGGCUUCAUCAGAAACACCAGCCUCGAACUCCUGCUCGGAGUCGAUUGUGAGGCUUGCCUCGCCCUCGCUGCACAAAGACAAUGUCUAGACGAACACAUAUCGAAACAUGAUUUUGAUCUAGUUUGUAACUGUAAUGUCCAACAAAACAACUUUGUCAAUUGCCAUCGGAACGUCGAUCAGCGAGGCCACACUCUCAACAUCUACGACUUGGAAAGAAUUAAACGGGACACCGGCCGGAGCCAGCUCACAAUCGGAUCCCAUCGCAGCCUUGAUAGAAAAUACAACAAAAGUAGGACUAUCGGUGUGUCAAACUACAUUUCAAAACAGUUAAUAUCUUACGAUCCUAGAAAUACACUGGUGCAAAAGAUAAAAAGGAAGCUAUCUAACUUAAAAAAGAUGGGCGGCGAGGCAAUAUCAAAAAAACAUCAAAACGCUGUCCAACUGGCCGAGAUAACAUCAGGGUCGACGAGCUCUCUCAAGAAGGCAUCGAUGUUGUCACUGGCAGACAAGUCGCAAAGGAGAGUGAACAGCCAAAGUUGUAUUUUUACUUCGUCGGGCUACCAAGGAAAGGAUGAUAAUAUGAAGGGUAACGUUUCUACGUAUGCUAAUUUUUCUGGGAAUGUGGACCAAUGUUUUGAUAAACUGAGAGAUUAUAAUUUAACUUCAGACGUUAAUAGACGAACCUCACAAAAAAUGAUUAAAAUGAGAAGUUUUGAUAAUAACGAUAUACUUGUCACUAGAAACUCACCGGGUCUAGAAAGAACAAAAUUUUCUACUUUAGACAAUCGCAGUCGGUGCAAAAGUAUUAAACGGCAAAUGUCAUACAAUGAUUUUCCAAGUGAACGAUUUCGAGAUAGAUUGUCGGAGACUUGGACGCGGGAUGAGAGCACAAUGGAGUCGAGGAGCACCCGCAGUGAUUUAGUGGAUGACGACGCACAAACGUUCCUCGAGGGCGACGCGAUGGCGAUGGGCGGGCCGCGCGGCGCACACGCACUCUGCACCUGCGAGGUGCCGCAGGAAACCAGGCUGCCCUCUAUUUUUUACGACACCCACGGGAAAAAACGAGCGACGCCGGCGCCCGACGUAACGGAGCGCGGACAGGGGCGCGUGUCCUGCAACGCGUGCAAGUCCCCGCAGUGGCUGUCCACAGGCACCACGUCCACCACCAGCCACAGCUCCACUACCACUGGAAACUCUUCGCGGUUGUCCUUAUGGCAUCGACGUUGGUGCUGCGUGGCGAUUUUGGUGCUGGUGGCGGGGACCGCGUGUGUCGCCGGGCCCCUGGCACUACGGGCCCCACCUGGAGCACCCUUGCACGAGCGCCUCCGCCUCGCCGAGCGCUUGUUACACGACACUCCACUCAUAGACGGCCACAACGAUCUACCUUGGAACAUAAGGAAGUUUCUACACAAUAGAAUUAAGGAUUUUAAUUUCGACGAGGAUUUGCGGACGAUAUCCCCGUGGGCAACAAGUUCGUGGAGCCACACCGACCUGCCGCGGCUGAAACAAGGCCGAGUGGCCGCACAGUUCUGGGCCGCGUACGUGCCGUGCGACGCGCAGCACCGGGACGCGGUACAGCUCACCUUCGAACAGAUCGACUUGAUACAGCGUCUCACCGACAAGUACCACCCGCAGCUCACGCUCUGCACCUCCGCCGAAGAUAUAAUCACGGCACACACCAACCACAGACUGUGCUCCUUGGUGGGAGUGGAGGGAGGACAUGCAAUUGGAGGGUCCCUCGGCGUCCUGAGAACUCUGUACCAAGUUGGAGUUCGAUAUCUGACACUCACAUCUACAUGUGAUACGCCUUGGGCAGAAUGCGCGUCUGGAGAUAAACCCGAACCAUCGCCGCGAGGUGGACUCACGCCAUUCGGAAAGAUAGUGGUGAAGGAAAUGAAUCGCUUGGGCAUGUUGGUGGACCUGUCGCACGUGUCCGAGCGCACGAUGCGCGACGCGCUGGCGGUGUCGCGCGCGCCCGUGCUGUUCUCACACUCGUCGGCGCGCGCGCUCUGCAACGUGACGCGCAACGUACCGGAUGCCGUGCUGCGCCUACUCGCCGCUAACAAGGGGCUCAUCAUGGUCAAUUUUUAUACGUCAUUUCUCACUUGUAAGGACACUGCAACAGUUCAAGAUGCCAUAGCACACAUUAAUCAUAUAAGGGAUGUAGCCGGUGUGGACAGUGUGGGCCUUGGCGCUGGUUACGACGGCAUUAAUUAUACUCCUCAAGGAUUGGAGGAUGUUUCCUCGUACCCACUGCUGUUCGCUGAGUUGAUGGAAGAAGGUUGGAGUAUAGAGGAGCUUAAGAAAUUAGCAGGACUGAACCUCCUUCGAGUGAUGGGGGCUGCGGAGAAGGUGGCGCGAGAGCUCGCGGCUGCACGCGUUGCACCGUACGAAGACGUCGCGCCUAAACCGUUUGACGCGCACAACUGUUCUAGCCAAGAUCUUUAACUAUAACCCAAAACCAAAACUCUUAUUCACUUCAAAAAUUAACUUAACCUAAAAAUGACCUGCUCGAACAUUUUUUGUUACUUAGAAUUUAGAAUAAUCAGGUUAAGAUAAUUCUUGAAAAGACUGUUACAUUUUAAACAUAUUUUUAUUAGUUGUUGAAAUUUGUUAAACCCUUAUAUCGAACCUAGUGCUAUUUAUGUGCGUGAUCAGCUUCUUUGUGAAUAUUAAUGUCACUUUGUUCAAAACUAGCGGAAACUCCGAGUUUGGUUCGCCUUAGAAAUAUUUCUGUGCAUAUUUAUUCAUUUUCGAAUACACCAGAACCUUCUGUUGUGCCGUCCUCGAGAUUUGCACUUAGUAACACAUUUAGCGAUUCAUUAUAGUAUUUUACUAUGCAAGCCGACCCGAAAAACUUCGAUUCGCUUCAAAAAAAAAAUUCUCUCCUGUUGACAUUCCUUGGAAUACCACAAAUAAUACAACACCAACAUUUGCUACAUCGGUCCAGCUGUUCUCGAGUUUUAGUGAGACUAACGAACAGCAAUUAAUUUUUAUACAAUAGUGAUAGAUGAUCAAAUAGCCAAAAAAAACACUUCUUCUUGCCAUAACAACAUUGAUACAUAAUAAAGAGAGGUAACAUUUUUGAUUCAGCAACACACAUCCAAGGAUCUAAUAAUAGUAAUAAAUAAUAGUCAUCUAUCUCACUCCGAUCUCGGGCGGGACACAAUAGCCACGCAUUACUUACCUACCAUAUCUAAUCAAUUUGUAAACAUGAGUAUUGUUUGCACUACGACACCACUACUAUCUAUGACCAGUCCUUAAUUAACUUUUUGCGCGUAAUUUAUUACAUACAAUGUAUUACAUAUCAUACCUACUUCGUAUUGUAACUGCUAAUACCAAUAGACCUACACUGUCUGGACUUUCUGAUAUGGCUUAUGUUUACAAAUUGGAAAAUAUUACCGACGCCAUUAAAACCUAUACCGUGAGUUUGCAACAUGCUGGAAAUUAGAGGGACCACCUACUCGUUAAUAGGGUGAUUUUUUAAUUGCACCUCUAUUUACAAUUUAAGCAAUCAGUGUCUCCACUAAUUAUUUUAGUGCAUAGACAAAUGACUAUGCUCUGUAAUAAACAUAAUUUAAACAUGUUCUAAAAAGUAUAAAAUCAAUCUUAACCAUAUUAUCUUUUUUUACUACUUAAUUUAUAACAAAAAUCUAUCUAAUGUUUGAGAAAUAUAAGGAUUUUGAAACAAAAAUACACGAUGACUAACAAAUAUAUUGACUUGCACACAACCCGACAUGGUAGGCGAAUAGGUUAAAAGGGCUGUAGAUAAAAAUACGGAGGAGAUGAUACUGUGGAUAGGGCUUAAUGCCAUUAUUCUAUUGUACCACAUGAGUAGUACUCUUCCUACAGUUGAAUAAAAAAAGGAUAAUAGAGAGUGAAGUCAUUAAAAUGAGGUUGCUAUCAAAAAAUAUUUACAUCUGCACUGCAUAGUCGGCAUCGACGUAUUAGAGCAAGCCGUCGAUGAUUAAAAUAUGUACGAGUAGAAGCACUUAUAAGUAUUUUUAAUCUUUACCGUUUUUACGGCAGCGGCACUGGGUUCGAUAAACUAAGUUUGUAAAUUAGAUUGGAAUGUCCCCAACGUUUCACUCAACUGAGGUCAUCGAUCUAAAUAGUUAGUAUUUAUUGUUAUCAAGCUUUAAUACAUUAGUAUUAAUAUUACUUAGAACCUAUAAAUUUUACCCUGUAAUUAAUUAUUAUUAUUAUCGUCCGAUUAGAUGUGAUUUGAUAUUUUUGUCUAAGAAUUAGACUUAUUUCUUUAGAUGUCUGAAUAAGUACCUACUUACAUAUAUACGUGUUUUAUGCAUUUACGUAAGUAAAUAAUAUAUGAUAUUUAUUGAACCUAUCCUCAACGCUUUUUAAUAUUGAUUCCAUUAUUUCUGAUCAAUAAAUUGUGCGUUGUAUUGUAUAACGUUAAGAUAAGACAUUAACUUAACUUCUUUAAAUAAAUACCUACCUAGGACUUAGUAUUUAUUCCCUUUGAGGACGACUUAAUGUCAUGAAGAUAAAAUAAAUAAGUAUAAAAUUAAGAUUAUUAAAGUUAUACAGUGUGUUUUUAUUCGACAGAUGUAUUGCCAAACGAAUUGAUAUAUUCUGCUCUUUCUGAACCGAGAAUCUCGCUUCGUACCUUAUAAUAGCGAAAUUGGAUAGGUAGGGACCUCUCCCCGAUACAACAGAUAAAGAGAUCUUCCGAAAAAUACGUAGCGUAAAUCCCUACCGUAUUUUCAGCCACCGAGAUAUUCUACGGGCAAUUUUAAAAGUGUUUUACAAACACGACCAAUAAUAUAUGAUGAAAUAAAAACGCACUGGAUAAAUAAAUAGCUUUACCUUGUCAACGACCAAUAUAAUAGAUAAUCGUAGUAUUAGAAACACUAGUACUGACCCUAUUUAAAAGGUGUAAGUAUCGCAGCGUUGAGAUAACGACGAGGCAAAGUUUUUCAAUCAAACUAAAGUUUCUGAUAGAGUCAGAGUACACUCAGGCCUACCUACAGUAAUGUAACUACGUAUUAUGCAGGUACCUAGGUAAUGUGUUGCUAUCAGACACAUUAUCUGAUUCCUAGAUGAAGCUGUACCUACAGUACGUAAGAGAUUAUAUUGAUGCGUGCGAUACUUGCCACUAUGUCUCCUAACGCAAUAUUAGUUAGUAAUGUAAAUAGUUAUGUACCUAUGUCAGUACACUGGUAAUAAUAGACGGAUCUUAAGACUGACGUGUUUCAGACGUAAAUUAGUGUACAUUUGCUACGGUGUUAAAUAAGAAUAAACAAUUAAUGUUACGCACUACAUUUUGUAUCUUAAGAUGUGUUUAUUAUUUCUAUCGGGAAGACUAACGCUAUUGUCCUUGCUAGUUAUAUUUUCUCGAUUAAAGAGAAAGAUUUAUUGAUUAUUAUCCGUGAGACAUAUCUCAUUAAAAUACCUGAUUAUAGGCGUAAUAAAUUGCUGAGCAGAAUCCUUGUCUUCAAUUUACUACUUGAACGUUUUUAUAAACAAUAUUAAUAUUUAGAUACAAGUUUUCUUAAAAUCAUUGCAUUAGGCAAACAAUAUUUGUAAUAGUAUUGCUUUUAGGAUUUUUUCUCAUAGUUUGAUAAAAAAAAUCUAGGAUGAUUCAAUGAAAAUGUCGAAUACUUAUUUAUUUGAUUACUCACUAAAGUUCUGAAUAUUGAUGGUACAUGUAAUUAGCUAUAAUUUUAUACAGACAGUAGGUACCUAAUAUGUACCUAGUUGAUUGAUAUUUGAUGACUGUCAUAAUCUUCAGGAAUAAUCAAUUAGAAUUGCAUUUGUUUAAUUAGCUUAUCCAAUAAACACCCAUUUUUAA